AUGUAUACUUGUGGACUACAAUCUGGAAGGAAAGUACCUGAUAUAUUAACGGAAGUCAUAGAGAAACCAAUCAAAGUAGAUCAUUUACAUUCAAAUGUCGUCUGCAAGAACUGUUAUAAGAUGUGUAGCGAGUAUGACUCCAUCCAGGUCAGAUUAAAUGUAAUAAAAUCAAAUUUACUAAAAGAUUUCAAGAAUACACUGGAGAAAGUUGACCUAGCAUAUGACACGUAUGGAAAUUCACAAAUCUCGAUCAGACAACCCAAAGUGAAAUAUGAAGAGAGGAGAAUUAUUGUCCCAGCAUCCAAGCUUCAGCCGUUACCGGCCGAUUUCGUUUUAGAUGUUAGCAAAAUGGCGUCAGUUUCGAAAUGUCUACCUAACAGGCUGAAGGCUUUAACGACUGAAUCGUCAACAGUAAACCUCAGAGUCACCGUCGGAUCGUCUGUCCUCACGCAGUCCGUCAAAACCGUUAUGAGCCCAAUAAUUAAGGAGAUAUCAUCAGCGAAACCAACAGACACGUCGAACGUCAUCGUGACAAUGUUGCCAACGUUAAAUCAAAACGUAGAGAAAAUUAACAGCACCAAAAAUCCAGUGUUAAGUUUUAAUAUUAACUCGUUACCGAAAGAUUAUUUAACUUCAGCCGUGCUGACGAAAAUCAGUGGUAACGAUAAGGAAACAAAUAAUUAUGUUAUAGAAGAAAAUACAGAUGGACAAUCUAUGGAAAUUGAUGAAGUUUGUCAUGUUGUAGACUGCUCGUUAGUUGUGCCGGUCACCACAGAUGACAGUGGGAAGUUGGUGUUUGAAAUUGAUGCACUAAAGAACGCAAAAGAGAAGACAAAAUCGAAUUUUUUCGAUAUGGGGCUACUACUCUCGGACCCCAAUGAGACCCCACAACCAGACGAGAAGGACAAGUUCAUACUGGACAAGCUACACGUACUUAAAACUGAUGAUGAAGCCGAUGGUGAACCAGAAACUUUGGUGAUGGAAGACGAAGAUGGUACGACCAUCAUCCGCAUGGCGGCCGGACAGCGCGUGUUGUACGAUGGCACGAAGUUCGUGGUCGCUGAUGAGGAUGAACAGCCGCACGACGGUCUCGAAGUAACAGACAGUCAAGACUCAAAUGAGGAGUCCCAAAUAGAGUUGCAGGUGUCUGGUGAUGAGGAAACAGCCAACGCGAUUAUAGCCGCCGCGCGGGAACAAGGUGGUGCAUUCAUAAAGGUGGAGUCUGGUGAGAUGUAUAGAGUGAAGUCAGUUCAGAGCAAGCCUGAUACUGCUGACGAUGAUGAUAUGUUGAUACAAACAAUGGUGGAAGAAGUGAAUGGCCAGUACAAAUGUUUGCUGUGCGCGAAUAACAAAGACACUGAUUGCGUGUUGCUGGAUGGUGAGGUGAUGAUGCAGCACCUGAGGCAGCAGCACGCGGCGCGGCUGUACAUCUGCCGCGAGUGCGGGCGGGUGCUGCGGCGGCGCGCGCACUACUCCGCGCACCUCGCGGAGCACGCGGCGGGUGGUGCGGGCGGUGCGGACGGUGGUGGCGGCGCGGUGCGGGUUCGAGUCCCGGGCGGGGGCGCGGCCAGCAGUGCCGGCCCGGGCGGCCACACCUGCCACCUCUGCGGGAAGACCUUCGCCUCCAAGUACACGCACCAGGCGCAUCUCAAGACGCACCAGGACAGACCGCGGCCGUUCAAAUGUAAGGAGUGCGAUAAGAGUUUCCUGACUCAACAAAACCUCACUCAGCACGAGAAGACGCAUCUUGGCAUCAAAGAUUUCAUCUGCAAAAUUUGUGGCAAGGCGUUCGCCAGCCAACACAACCUGGAGGUGCACGGCGUCACUCACAGCGGACGGCGGCCCUUCGUGUGCUCCGUCUGCGGGAAGGGGUUCGCCAGGAGACCAGAGCUCAGCGACCACGCACGAGUACACACAGGCGAGCGUCCGUUCGCAUGCGACAUCUGCGGAGCUGCUUUCUCUCAAAGAUCGAACCUGCACUCGCACCGCCGCGCCACACACCUCGGCGACAAGCGACACGCCUGUACACAGUGCCCCAAGAGGUUCAAGAGACGCAGGUACCAUGAAUGAAUACUGGAGUGUCUCCAUAACACCGGGGAGAAACCCUACGUCUGCGAGGUGAGCCCCGCCCACCUCGUGUACCCCGAGCACUACAAGAAGCACCAGCGAGUGCACACCGGGGAGAAGCCCUACGUCUGCGAGGUGUGCGGCAAGUCGUUCAACUCGCGCGACAACCGCAACACGCACCGGUUCGUUCACAGCGACAAGAAGCCCUACGAGUGCUUCACCUGCGCCGCCGGGUACAUGCGCAAGAGACAGCUGCUCGCGCACAUGGCCGCCACGGGUCAUGUCGCGGAGUCCAUUGUCGUGAAUCAGCCGAGAGUCAUAAAAACUAUAGAAAAUACGACAAUGGAAGUGGUAGAUAUCACAGAUAUAAACGGAGAUACCAAAUAUGAUGAUAGUAUAUUGUACGCUACAAAGGAAACAGAUUUGGAUGUUAGUCACAUAGGCACAGUGGAUAAAUCAACUAUCAACCUAAUUGCGGACGGCAAUGAGUCUAUAUUGACAUUACAGGAUUUGAAAACAAUAAAAGUAGACGAAGCGACCUUAGACACCAAUGUAGAUGGACAGACUGAGGUAUUCGUAUCGGACGAGAAUGGCAGUGUAAUGAAGCUAAUACAAAUACAGCUGCCAGAUGGAAAGACUGGAUGGGUUUCGAUCAACAAGCCACUUGAGGGAUCUCUUUAACAUGCAAACUAGACGUGCGAGCAAGCAACACGCGGCAAAUCUUAGUGUUACACAGUGCGUGUAUAAAUAUCCUAAGGAUAUUUGACGAUUAGUUAUUUUUGUUUAGUAUAUUCAUUAACUCUAAAACAGAAAAUUUCAGUUGGCGUAUUCCUAAUUAAUGGAACUCGUUAUGU